AUGUGGUCAGAUCUUCGGGCUGCGGUUCCCCAGAGAUCCAGUGUUUCACAAUCCCUUGCAAGUUCUCUUUCGGAUGUUGCGUUUGCUAACAGAGCACCCAGUACUUCCUCCAAGUAUUUUUCUUCUUACAACAUAUGGAGGUCUUGGGCACGAGAGCAUGGCUUGACAGUUUUUCCCAUUUCUCCGUUUCACUUUGCUAUUUAUUUGCGUUAUUUAAUGACUGAGACGAAGACAGCAUCUCCCUUGGAGUCAGCAGUUCACAGCAUUACCUGGUUUCACCAACUGGGCGGCGAGCCGUCUCCUUCUGAUCAUCCGUUGGUGAAGAGUACUCUUGCCGGUGCGUAGCGUUUGCUGGCCCAUCAAACAACCAAGAAGGAGCCUAUCACAGUCUCUCAGUUAGAGAAGUUAGUUGCCUCAAAGGCGGACUCGAUGGCCCUCUUUGUAUAAUAUUCGUUCGCUUGUUAUUUGCUUGCUAGCUUAAGAUGCCUUUCUCAGAUUUGAUGAGCUUGUUAAGCUUGUUCGAUCCGAUGUUAAGGUCGAAAAUGACAUGUUAAAGUUAUUUAUUCAAUCUAGUAAAACUGAUCAGUAUAGGGAUGGAGCUUGGAUUGUUGUAGCUUCUUCUAGGAAAGCAACUUGUCCGGUUGCCAUGAUGAACCGUUAUUUAGAUAGAGCUGGGCUUUGCUGCGAUAGCCCUCUGUUUUGCCAGCUUUCCAAAACUAAAUGUGGUUAUAAGCCUAGAUCUAAAGGUUUAAGCUAUUUACGGUUAAAAGAGUUAGUGCUAGAGGCCUUUAAAGAUAUUGUACCUGAUAUUUCUGCCAUUGGUACGCAUAGCCUUAGGAGUGGCGGGGCUACUGCUGCCGCAAAUGCUGGCGUAUCAGACCGACUCUUUAAGCGUCAUGGCCGCUGGGCUAGU